CUCAUACUUCAUCUCAUACAAACAUUUAAUAGGUACCUAUAGCUUUAAUUAUAGCUAGCGAAACAAUCAUUCUCUUGUUCGAACUCACCCAUCAAUGGAAUAGCCUAGAAAUAACAUACGAAUAUCUACACAACGAGUAACAUCUUUACUCCGUAGUGCCUCACAAUGGCACCUCGCAUCGAGGCUCAGGAGAUCGAAACGUAUUGGAACAUAUUCACAACCAGGACCAAUGGCGGCAAAUACCUGACGGGCGAGCAAGCGGCGCCACUACUGAAGAACAGUGGGUUGCGGGACGACCAGCUUGAGCGCGUAUGGGAUGUGGCCGAUGUAGACAACGAUGGUAAUCUCGACUUUGAGGAGUUCUGUGUGGCUAUGCGCAUCAUCUUUGACAUAGUGAAUGGUGAAUACGCCGAUGUGCCAGCGACGCUGCCAGACUGGCUCGUCCCCGAAUCUAAAGCCCACCUCGUCCAGGCCAACCGCGCUCUCACAGGCAAGCAAGUGCAGUUCGAACAAGUUGACGACGAUUCGGAUACCCCGGGACUCAAGGAUGGCUUCGACUGGUACAUGAACCCCCAGGAUAAAGCCAAGUAUGAAUCAAUAUACCAGGAGAACCGGGACAUGCGAGGAGAAGUGGCCUUUAGCUCCCUCGAGGACUUAUACGAAUCCCUCGACGUGCCCGACACCGACAUCCGAUCAGCGUGGAACCUAAUCAACCCGUCGGCCUCAUCCACCGUCAACAAGGAUGCCUGCCUCGCCUUCCUUCAUAUCCUCAACAACCGACACGAGGGCUACCGGAUCCCGCGCACCGUGCCCGCAUCCCUGCGCUCUUCCUUCGAGCGCAACCAAAUCGACUACCAGGUCGACAGCGCCCGCAACAACCCCGCUGCCUCUCGCUGGGCCGCUCGCGCCGACGAAAACACGUCCACUGGCCGCAAGGCCAAGUUUGGCGAUCAAUACCUGACGCGCCUCGGCCGCGGCGGCUUCAAGGCCUCCGGCACGGACUUCAGCUCCGCUCAGAGCGACGAGCAGUGGGAGGAAGUACGUCUGAAGAAGCAACUGCAGGAGAUCGAGGACCGCAUGGCCAAGGUAGAAGCCGAUGCGAACGCUCGCCGGGGCGGCGGAAAGCGGGACACCAAGCCUGCUCUCGUCAAGCGCGAGCUCGAACAACUGCUCGACUACAAGCGUCGCGAACUAAGAGACAUAGAAGAAGGCAAGGGGAAGGCCAAGACGGGGAGCAAUCUUCGCGUUGUCGAGGAUGACUUGCAGACGGUGCGGGCGCAGAUCGAGGGCUUGGAAGCGCAUCUCUCGAGCCGGAUGCAGGUUUUGGACCAGUUGAGGAGGGAGAUUGAGGAUGAGAAGGCGGGGAGGUAGGGAGAUACAUACAUUAGGUACCUACACCUAUAUGGAGCAAUACGUUUCAUAAGGAGAGGACAAGAAGAUAAAAGAUGAAGAGAUUAAGUAAGAAGGAUUUGCUCUCGUCUGAGACGAGAAAGCGCUUGAGGGGUAGGUAGUAGAUCCCCCAUGUGCGCAAGGCGGAUAGCGAGCUACAACAAUACCUAGUCUGUAAUUCAAAUAUGUACUGUACAAGUUCCAGGUUCCGGUUGUAUUGCGAGUUGGUGAACUCGAGUUAGGUUGGCUAUAAUAAAUAACACAAUUACAAUAAUCAUAACUACCUAGUUAAUCGCAAAUCAACGUUUGGGGUCAUUAGUAGCUACCUAUGGAUAGAGACAAUUC